AUGGCGGGACGCAGCGGCAUCCUGCAGCUUGCACUAUGUGCGCUAACCAUCUACACGAUGUUCCUGCUAUGGGGACUCCUGCAGGAAAAGAUUACCAGCACCGUGUAUCGUACGGGUGAUGCAUUCGACCCAUUUAGUGUGGGUGAACGCUUCGAGUACGGUGUUCUGCUCAAUGGAGUACAGGCUCUGUGCUCGUGUCUCUUCGCGUCUAUAUACUUGAUGUAUCGCCGACGUCACCAAUCUGUGGCAGGCCAGGGUCUUCUUUCCAAGAUGGGUCUGGACGUAUUGACGCCCUCUGGAUGCGAGAAGGCCCUCAUCGCACGCGGCAAGCUGAAUCCCGGUCAGUCGCUGCAGGGAUUGAAGCGCUUCAUCUCGCCUCUGUUGCUACAGUACUUGCUUGUGUCUGCGCUGCAGUCCACAGCAUCUUGGCUCAGUAUCGUGGCGUUGCGGCACUUGUCGUUCCCUGCCAUCACAUUGGCAAAGAGCAGUAAGCUAGUGCCUGUGCUGAUUAUGAAUGUGCUGUUGUACCGCCGACAAUUUGCCGCUUACAAGUACGUGGUGGUAGGUCUCGUAACGUUGGGCGUGUGGAUGUUCAUGGCCUUGGGCAACAAGAAAGCCAGUAAGCAAACGCACGGAAACAGCGCCCUGGGUAUGACUCUUUUAGUGAUCCACUUGCUCUUGGAUGGCACGACCAACAGUACGCAGGAUGAGGUGUUCGCGACUUAUGGGCCCUUUGUGUCUGGCACGCAAAUGAUGUUGGUGAUGAAUGCCAUUUCUGCUUCUUAUAUGAUGACUGCCCUUCUUGUUCCUGAUGGCCUUGGUGCGUAUAUCAUUGCACUUGUCCGUCAGCACCUGGGUUCAAUGCUUCAUCCUCAUUGGAUGGCGCACAUGCUUCUGGCCAGCAGCACCGUCCCUUCCUUGUCGCUCACCCCGCAACUUGUGUCCAGUGUGCAGUUCUUGCUCCGACACCCAGAUGCAGCCCGAGAUGUACUCGCAUACGCCAUGGCUGGCGCUGCUGGGCAGAUUGCCAUUUUCGAGACGCUUGAACGCUUCGGCAGUCUGACGCUCGUAUCGAUCACGGUCACUCGCAAGCUGUUCACCAUGCUGCUUUCGAUCAUGGUGUACAAGCAUCAACUCCGUUCAUUACAAUGGAUUGGUGUUGUCAUUGUCUUUGUGGGUCUGUUUAUCGAGAUGCGUGCCAAGCAGCGACAGUCAGCAUCUGCUCCCAACGUUGCAGUGCCGCAAAAGGCCAAGGCACAGUAA